GUCAGCCAAUUUGAAAACAUAAUUAUCGCAUCAACGGCAUUUUUUUGUCUUUCUUAGAAAUUGUUUGGACUUACUUUUUGUUAUUUGUUAUUUGUACGCGUCAAAAUCAGUUCGUAAAUCAUGGAUUUGAAAGAGUAUAUCGAUCGACAGAUAGAAAAUAUGAAAAUAAAAUUUGGAUAUUUUGGUGGACCAAAAGCGGCUCCAUUUAGAUGUGAUACUCUGCCAAAUGUGAACUUGCCAUUGAAUGGAAUAACGCCAGAUCUUGACAUGCCAAUACAGCAGCACAAUGGACGCUUCAAUAUGAAUCACACAAAUACAGCAUCAGCAUUGUCAUCGAAUGAUGUAAGUGAUUUUAGCAACAAUGGCGUCGAAAUCAAUUCAGGCGAACAAACAACGGAUUCAUUUCUAUCGAAUGGCUGGAAUUUGCUAAACGCGAACUUUUGUAUGCCAUGGAAUGGAAUACCGACAAAUGUUGAUCACAAAAAAUCGACAUCAGAAUCGUCAUCAAAUGAUUCGAGCUCUUCCGGUUACAAAAGCAAUGGCCAUAUCACACCCAAUUCGGUUAAACAAUCACCACAUUCAUUUGAGUCGAUGGAUUCGAUUUGGCCAGGUAUGGAAAAUCGUCGUUGGACAUGGAACUUGUCGCCAUCAGGAUCGGUGCCAAUACGCCAGCACGGUGAACUCAGUGCCAACCAACAACGGUACCAUGGCCUGGAAAUGCCUAUUCAAAUAAUUUCGAUUGGCAACCCAGACAUGAUGCACUCAAUCAGUACGAUCAAUCGGCAUCUCAUGAACGCGCAAAAAACAAUUUGCGUUUGGAAAAUGAUGACGCACCACUGCCGCCGCGACGCCAUCAAAAUGGCCAUGCUACCAAAAAGCGAUGCCCAAAAAUGAAAUUGAACAACAUGAACAAAAUCGGACAAGUUGUCCACGUCUACUGGCGAUAAUGCACACACCCGACGUUACUGUCCAGAGCGUGAAAUUCACAAGGUUCAAUAACAUACAAC